UGGGCAAAAAUACCGAUAGUGCGGCAUAAACCUAAUUUUUUUUUUAUCUCGAAUCCGCAAUUUUUUUUUUUUAUCUCAUUAAGGAUAUUCCAAUAGACAUAAAAACAAUUUUUAUAAAAUUUUGGGGACUUCCCCUAAUGUUUUAAGCUUCGUCAAAGUCAGCUGAUUCAGGGUUGCAUGGUGAAUGGCAAAAAGUGCGCCAAAUUAUUCUCAGCUGUCGACGUAAAAAAACUAUUGCAAUUAAAAUUUACAAACCAAUUUAACUAUGGAAAAUCUUCUUAAAGCUUCUAGUGCUAAGUUUAAAAUACACCGUCAUGACAACAAUAAUAAUAUGGGAGGUCGGAAGAGCUUAAACUAUAAUGAAGCGGGAUCCCGAUUAAGGAGGAAAUUAGCUUCUGAGCUUGCCGAAGAGAGCAAAAACGCAACACCCCUUUUGGUACAUGCUGCUUUGAUUUCAUCAAAAAAAUCAAAAGAAACCGAAAAAACUUAUCUGUUACAAAAAGCUAUGAGCAAUGAGAAUGUGUGGGAAGCAGAAAAUAAGCAAUCAUCCAUUGCAGUAGUACCUAUAACUGCUGAGGCGGCAUUAGCAUUUUUAAUGGAAAAUGGGUUGUCCAAACAACAAUAUAUCAACAUAAAAACAUUAAAUAAAAUGCAUGGAUGUGACAUUUAUCCUCCCUAUUCAGAGCUUAGCGAACUUAAAUUGAAAUGUAGACCAAAAGAAAUCUCCUAUUCUGAAACCAAAGUGGAAGUUUCAUUACAAAAUUUGUUAGAUCAUACAGUUGAUCGGAUUCUUUCCAUGCAGCAAGAAGUACUAGAAAUUUUUGGCCCAACUCAUUGCUCAUUAAUUUUGAGCUACGGCUUUGAUGGCUCAACAGGACAGAGUAUAUAUAAACAGAGAUUUGAACAAGAUAAUAUUGAUGGCAUAGACCAAUCAUUGUUUGUGACGACUAUAAUUCCUUUGAAAUUAAUAGAUACUAGAAAUCAAAUAAUUUGGAUGAAUAAUACUCCGCAAUCAGUUAGAUUCUGCCGACCGCUGAAAAUUCAAUUUAUUAAAGAAACCACAGAUCUAAUUUUAAAAGAAAAAUAUAAUUUGGAUAUUCAAAUUAAAAAUCUUAAAAACUAUAUUUAUACUAACAAGCAAAAUAACGUAAUUGUUGAAUAUAAGCCCUACAUGACGCUAAUAGACGGAAAAGUCUUGAAUGUUUUGACUAAAACCAAUUCAUGUCAAUCAUGCCCGCUAUGCGUUCUAAAAAUCUUAAAUAUGGAGUAA